AUGAAUACAAACUCCUUCGCACCAAACCAACAAAUCACUAUGUUCGUACUCAAACUGAAAACUAUCAAUAGUCUACGAUGGCCGUUGAUUUUUAUGAUUGUUUUUUUAAUUGUUUAUAUAUCAAUAACUCAAUUAUCACGAGCAAGUUUGUAUGGCGUCGUCAACAUUUUCACAGUCGACUUCAAUGAUGCGACGAACAAUCAGAUUCAAGUAGAUGAAAAUCAUCUUUUGCUAGAAGAUCUUUCCCAACGAGAAUUUGAGUUAAUCAAUAGCCGAUCGAAAAUUUUCUUUGUGCAAACAUCUGAGAAUGAUGAUCUACUCUCUCGACAUGCUUGUUCAAUUGAAUCAGCUGCACGUUUACAUCUGACUAGUCUCGUCUUUGUUCUCAUGCGCAGCAAAACUAUUCAUUUGAAGAAAGGUUCAUUCAAUCGUUUGCAGUCAUAUACAAACAUACGUUUCGUUCAUUUCAAUGAACAUGAUAUUUACUCAGGUACCACGCUAGCUCGUCUAAAUCAAACUAAACGCACGCAGUUCAUUCGUUAUUUUGCCAUAUCACAUAUGAGUGAUUUUAUACGUACUGCACUGCUAUACAAAUACGGUGGAAUUUAUUUUGAUCUCGAUGUUAUUCCAUUGAAAAAUUUUCGGUCAUUGGCGAACGCAGUUGCAUUGGAAUCAAGCGACGGCGUCAAUGUUGCUGUUUUAACAUUUGAAAAACAACAUCUACUAUUGGAUAUACAAAUGGACAUUCAAAUCAUGUUUGUUAAUCAGCAAUUUAACAGUUUAUGUUGGAAUUGUGUUGGACCAUUGGCUCUAUCUGAUGCGUUGAAACGCGUUUGUGAUGACAAUAUUUUGCAUGUGCAUUCGAAAGACAAAUGCCAUGACAUUGAUAUUCAACCAUCGUUCGUUUUCUAUCCAAUCACAUAUCAUCAAAUACCACAGUUUUUUCGCCGCACAGAAUCAUCAAAUGGUAUUAAUGAUUUAAUCAGAAAUUCGAGUGUUUAUUCUGUGCAUUAUUUUCAUCAUAUGACAAUGAACUUACCGAUUGAAUAUCUUUCGCCAUUUGCUCGCAUCGCGCAGGUUUAUUGUCCACAUGUAUACGAACAUCUCAUUGAUUAUCAUGAAUUUCAAUUCAAACAAAGCAAUUCAGUAUUUCAUAGAUUUCGUCUUUAUCUUCUAUUUUGUCUAUGUGUUAUCCUUCUGUUAGCCGGUGCUUUUUCAUCGCAUUUCACUUCUAUACGUGUUGUUAUGUUAUCAUUGCGACACAAAAUCUCCUAUGCUUGA